AUAACAUAAAGCAAUCAAAAUCAAAAUUUCAUGAUCUGUGAGAGAGAGAGAGAGAGAGAGAGAAUUAAACCAUGGGAAAUUGUUGUUGCCAAUCAUCGUUGUUGUUCGGAGUAGGCGAGAGAGAAACUCACCCGGAAAAGGAAAAUCAGCAACCCUACCGCAACCACAAUCACAACGCUAUCUUCUCUCAGAGUCAGAGUCAGAGUCAGAGAGAGACUAUGACUGUUUCUGUGUCUGUGUCUGUAGCUGAUGAUCCUUCAUCGUUCUCGGAGUUCUCCUUGGCAGACCUGAAAGCCGCGACAAAUAAUUUCAGCUCGGAGUUUAUCGUUUCGGAGAGUGGAGAAAAAGCACCGAACGUGGUUUACAAGGGUCGGCUCCAGAACACGAACCAGAACCCGAACCAGAAUCGCCGUUGGAUUGCUGUGAAGAAGUUCAGCAAAGCUGCUUGGCCCGAUCCGAAGCAAUUCGUGGAAGAAGCUUCUGGCGUUGGGAAAUUGCGGCAUCCGAGGCUCGCUAAUUUGAUCGGUUACUGUUGCGAUGGCGAUGAGAGGCUUCUCGUUGCUGAGUAUAUGCCUAACGACACUCUCGCCAAGCAUCUCUUCCACUGGGAAAAUCAGACAAUUGAGUGGGCCAUGCGCUUAAGAGUUGCUCUUUAUAUUGCACAAGCUUUACAUUAUUGCAGUUCUGAGGGUCGUCCAUUAUAUCAUGACUUGAAUGCUUAUAGGGUUCUUUUCGAUGAGGAUGGUGAUCCACGCCUCUCCUGCUUUGGUUUAAUGAAAAACAGCAGGGAUGGAAAAAGUUAUAGCACGAAUCUUGCUUAUACGCCUCCUGAAUAUUUAAGAAAUGGAAGGGUCACCCCUGAAAGUGUCAUUUACAGCUUUGGAACUGUUCUUCUAGACCUCCUAAGUGGCAAGCACAUCCCUCCAAGUCAUGCACUUGAUAUGAUACAGGGAAAAAACAACAUGCUGUUAAUGGAUUCACAUUUGGAGGGGAAGUUUUCUACUGAAGAAGCAACAGUAGUAGUUAGUCUUGCCUCUAAAUGUUUGCAAUAUGAACCGCGGGAGCGGCCUGAUACAAAGGAUUUGGUCACAACACUUGCUCCAUUGCAUACAAAACCUGAUGUUCGUUCUCACAUCAUGCUUGGAAUUCCAAAGCACGAGGAAGCUCCAUCAACCCCACAACGACCUCUUUCAGCAAUGGGUGAGGCUUGUUCAAGAAUGGACCUCACAGCAAUACACCAGAUCUUGGUCGCAGCACACUACAGAGAUGAUGAAGGAACUAAUGAGUUGUCGUUCCAGGAGUGGACUCAGCAGAUGAGAGAUAUGCUGGAGGCAAGGAAGCGUGGAGACUAUGCAUUCCGUGACAAGGAUUUUAAGACAGCCAUUGAUAACUAUUCCCAGUUUAUUGAUGUGGGAACAAUGGUCUCCCCCACCGUUUUUGCAAGGCGCAGUCUAUGCUAUCUGUUAUGUGAUCAACCAGAUCCUGCGCUACGAGAUGCAAUGCAAGCACAAUGCGUUUAUCCAGACUGGCCCACGGCUUUCUACAUGCAAUCAGUAGCUCUUGCAAAGCUGGACAUGCACAAGGAUGCUGCUGAUAUGUUAAAUGAGGCAGCAGCAUUGGAAGAGAAGAGGCAAAAAGGAGCGAGAGGCUCAUAGUUGUAUGCAUUGUGCAAAUUUGAGGGUGCCAAGUUCUUGUAUAAAGGUUGAGCUGGGAAGCAAAAACUAACGUUUAAAUCUGAACUAAAAAUGUGUCAGAGAAAUACAACACUGGGGGAGUAGAUAGCACUUGCACGUUGUUUCACCUAUUUAUAGGAAUCGGUCAUAACUUGAAAACUGUGCUUAUGCACUCUAAAUUGGGAAGGAAUACCGGUGAUUUUUCCUUUGUUAAUGAAAUUGAUUGUUUGAUGCAUACUUUGUUACUAUCAACCAGGUGUUGAUUCAGGUUAUUCUAUCGCCUGACUAGUCAAGGCGAUGAUGUUCAUAACAUUAUAUUAUACCUGCAUCAUCUACAUGGAUAAUAUUUAUAC